CAUUCAAACACAAGAUAAAGAAACAGUCUUACAAGAACUACAUACGUUGUUUCAAAGCUCUUUGUUUUUCAAAAUGGAGAAUAUUGUAAGAUUCGCGGUCACCAUCAUUUUUGUACUUUACUCUGUAUCAUCAUCACACGCCGCAACUACGUCACCGAGCGGUGGAGGCGGCGGAGGAGGAGAUGCUCAAGCAAUGCCGUGUAUACAGAAACUUAUGCCGUGUCAGCCGUUUCUUCACUCGGUGAUUCCACCACCGCCUCCAUCGUGCUGCCUGCCAAUGAGGGAGAUCGUCGCCAAUGACGCGACGUGUCUUUGCUCCGUCUUUAACAACGUAGAUAUGCUCAAAUCGCUUAACCUCACUAAAGACAAUGCUCUUGAUCUCCCUAAAGCCUGUGGCGCUAACCCUGACAUCUCACUAUGCAAAGCCAGUCCCGUGGGUGGUACUACUACGCCUUCGACAUCUCCGGCAACUCCAAAAACUCCUCCGGUGUCUUCCACUGGAAGCGGUUCCACCGGAGCUUCAUCAGCUUCUUCAACAUCCACACCAACAAGCUCUGCUCCGGCCAUCAACUUUGCUAAACUAAGCUUCGCAUCGACUAUUGUGGCAUUGGCAACAACCGUUUUCUGAUCGACUACUAUAUAUAUAUAUUAUUACAUAACGUCUUUAUUCAUUAUUAGAUAGGUUUAAUUUGUUUUAAAUUAUGUUUGGUAACUUAAUAUUCAUAUGUAAUGAAAAAAUUCUAAUAAUAUUAAUGACUUCCAACAGC